AUGAAGUUGGGAGAAGUUUAUCUAGUCUUCAUGCUUUUCCUGAUGCUCGGAGUAGAGAUCACCCAGGAACAGCCCACGCCGCUGGCUAAGAGGAGAGUGCCUCGCCAAGAUGAGCCCGGGCCGGAUGCCAAGGGCGAUCUGAAACUGUUGCAUGCACCCUGCGAGUUCGAUCUGAUUAGGUACGCCUCGAUCGACUACUUUCCCAGCCACUGCCAGCCCGUUUACCAGAACCGGCACGUCAACGAGGACUGGUACCGCCUCUACAGGACCUACGAUACUGAGGGGUUUGUUUUUGGCCAGUUCUACGAGCGCCUGCUGCGCCACGAAGUCGACUAA